AUGUUGAAAACACGCUACGUAGAUGACAUCUACGGUGGAGCAGACAACGAAGAAGAAGCUAUCAAGGCUGCAGUACAAACAAAAGCUCUGUGUGCAGCAGGCUGCUUCCCGCAUGCCAAAUGGGCUAGCAAUAGCCCACGGUUACUCGCUGAAGUCGCUCCAGAAAAGCAGCUGGAUACACCGCUUAAAGAAAUCAGUGAUGCACCAGUAAAAGUCCUGGGCAUGUACUGGAAUUCACGCACUGACGCUCUCCAGUUCAAGUACACGCUACCGCCAGAGACGCCUAAGACAAAAAGAGCUAUUUUGUCUGAAAUCGCUAAGCUGUAUGACUCGCUAGGACUUCUCGCACCAAUAGUCGUCAAAGCCAAGAUCUUCAUGCAAGAUCUGUGGCUAGAUAGAGUGUCAUGGGAUGAACAAUUGUCACCAUCACUCAUUCACAAAUGGACUGGAUACCGCGAGGAUCUUCGAAACAUCGAAUCCAUCCGCAUUCCACGCUGGAAUAAUAUAGCACCUGGAGCAACUAUGGAAUUGCACGGGUUCUCAGACGCUUCACAAAACGCUAUGGCUGCCGCUGUUUAUUUGAGAGUCACUGACGCUGAUGGGAACACAAAGGUCUCACUUCUGUGUUCAAAAACGCAAGUAGCACCGCUGAAGACCAUGACAAUUCCACGCUUGGAAUUAUCUGCUGCAUGGUUGCUAACACAACUGAUACUUCAUGUCAAAGAAGUUCAGUCGCUUGAAAAUGUCAGGAUCAAUCUCUGGACUGACUCCGCCAUGACUAUCGCAUGGAUUAAAAGUCCAGCAAUCCGCUGGAAGACAUUCGUCCGCAAUAGAGUGGGAAAAAUCCAAGAAACGCUUCGAGAUGUGUCCUGGAAAUUUAUUCCAGGAAAACAAAACCCCGUUGACUGCGCUUCAAGAGGUAUACCUACGCUAAAAUUGAAACAACACGCUCUCUGGUGGCAUGGACCAACUUGGCUUCAUGAACCAGAAUCCUCUUGGCCCACUCUGGAGCCUCCAACCGACAACGCAACGCAUCGAGAAGAACGCCAAGGUCUGACACUAGUAACUUGGACAGCAGAAAAUUGCCUGCUCCAACAAUUACUGUCGCAUUACACGCAGCUGUUUCCACUGCUACGGAAGCUUAGCAUCUGGCAUCGUGCCAUCGACCGCUUUAAAAGAGUUCCACAAUCUUCGCUGGCCUACCCGCUUACUCCAUCAGACCUGGAGCGCGCUAAAUUGACCUUGAUUAAGUUAACUCAAGGACAAUACUUCGCUAGAGAGAUUCACACGCUACAAGAUGGUGAUGGUCUGCCUAAAAAUAACAGCAUCACUAAGCUGACUCCGUUCAUCGACCAUCAGGGGGUCCUGAGAGUCGGUGGUCGCUUGAAAAACGCAUUGCUGGACCCAGAAGAGAGGCAUCCAGCGAUUCUACUGCGACAAUCACCGCUUACAUCAAUUUUGAUUGAUGAUUCGCACCGCAAAACGCUUCACGGAGGUACUCAGCUUACGCUCGCUGACUUACGCAAGAGUGUCUGGAUCAUUGGAGGCCGUGUUCCAGUCAGAUCAUUUAUUUUACGCUGCGUUAUCUGCACGAGACACCGUGGAGAACGCGCUCAACAGUUGAUGGGUCAACUACCCGCUGCACGAGUACAGCCAACUCGAGCCUUCUUGCAUACAGGACUCGACUACGCUGGACCUAUCACGCUGAAAACGUUUCAAGGACGUGGAGCAAAAAACAUACAAAGGCUGGAUUGCAGUCUUUGUAUGCAUGUUCAGUUCAGCUGUACAUUUAGAGCUAGAGCAGAUGAAGAGCUGAAACGACUAUUCCCUGCAGGAUCCCGCACAUUACGAGAAUUAUCAACCUUGAUCGCUCAAGAUGGCACGAACUGGAAAUUCAAUCCGCCUGGAGCUCCACAUUUUGGAGGAAAAUGGGAAGCCGCUGUGAAAUCUAUCAAAUUUCACCUUCGAAGAACAGUCGGAGACUCGCUGUUGACGCUUGAGCAAUAUUCAACGCUACUGGCUCAAAUUGAAGCCAUAUUGAAUUCCAGACCGCUCACACCGCUGAAUGAAGAUCCUGCUGACCUGGCUGUACUGACUCCAGGUCACUUCUUAAUCGGACAGUCACUGACCGCUAUCCCAGAGCCAUCGCUGACAGAUUUACAACCUGCUCGGCUCUCGCACUGGGAACAAGUCCAGCAAAUGGUUCAACAUUUCUGGAAACGCUACUACCAGGACUGCAUCCACCGCUACCAGGCCAUUUCAAAGUGGCAUUAUCGACACAACCAGAUCAAGGUGGGUUCAGUUGUACUGAUCACCACUGAGGAUCUCCCGCCAACCAAGUGGCCAUUAGCCAAAGUAAUUGCUGUCCAUCCAGGUGAAGAUGGACAAAUCCGCGUAGUAACUGUUAAGACAGUUAACACAGAGCUGGUACGUCCAAUUACAAAGCUCUGUGUCCUGCCGCUAACGCAUGAAGAAGAUGAUCUUGUCGACGCAGCCGCCAACCCGGGGGAGAAUGUUCGGUGA